UGGCCGCGCGUCCCAGCCAGCCCAGCGGUCCUCUAGUGCCUCCCGCCCAGCCUGUCCUGUUUCAGCAGACCUCACCAAAAUGCCGUCUCAGAUGGAACACGCCAUGGAAACCAUGAUGUUUACGUUUCACAAAUUUGCCGGGGAUAAAGGCUACUUAACAAAGGAGGACCUGCGAGUGCUCAUGGAAAAGGAGUUCCCUGGAUUUCUGUUAAAUCAAAAAGACCCUCUGGCCGUGGACAAAAUAAUGAAGGACCUGGACCAGUGCCGAGUCGGCAGAGUGGGCUUCCAGAGCUUCUUCUCGCUAAUCGCAGGGCUCACCAUCGCGUGCAAUGACUAUUUCGUAGUACACAUGAAGCAGAAGGGGAAGAAGUAGGCAGCAUUGAGCAGUCACGCCCACCCUGAGAAGAGUUCUCCCAAUGGGUCGCUUAGGGAAUCCCCCUGCCCCACAGCUUCCCCUGGAUAAGGAUUUCAUGAGCAGAUUGGGACCCUUAGAAAAUG